GGUUUAUUGGAGCGUCGGGUGCGUGGAGGAUUUCUCCUCCUAAUGUGCGCGCCGAGGGGAGGAAGCACACGCGUUGGAUACGUGAAAAAAAAUAUUUAUACAAUUCCUGAGAAGUUGCUGCCUGCCUCCGGGACAGCGCCUUGCGAGGCUGCCCCCGCGCACGCAGACUUGCUUAUCUAGUCUGUGCAAAGUUUACACGCAGGAGGCCUGUUAUUCCUAGACCAACGGUUUGAGUCUUCGGUCUCAUCUACAGGAAGCUGAAAAAAAUCAUCCGGCAACAACCAAUCGUUCUCCGGGGACCUUUUAAGGUCUUGCGAGCGGUACGGGGAGGAAUCCUGCCCCGGGGAGGGGGCUGCGAGGACGGUCUGAGCCGUGGGGUCCUCGCCGCCGUGCAUCGCGUGCAGGGGGGAGCACCCAAAGUGCCCCAAAUCCAAGAACCGUUCGGUGACCAACCGGCCUAGGGACCUCCCCCUAGUUAUAUAAAGCCUGCCCCCCCAGUUUGAACCCCUCCUAAAGAACGGGCGGUUCACCGAAGCCUCCUCUAGAAGAGAGGGAGAGGUUGGGGGCGACCCAUCGCGGGACGGCCGUUCCCAGUGGCAGAGUGGAUCGAUAUUUCUGUCGUCUGAUUGAUUUCUGUCGGGGAUAUUUUAGCGCCGUGCUACGGGAGGAUGGAUUGGAAAACCUGUUUGUUCUCCAUCGCCGUCGGGGCAGUGGGCUCGUGGGGAGGAGAAUCCCCCGGUCUAGCCUGGAAGCUGAUCCAAGGGUUUAUGCAUAUUUGGAACCACACGGACCGGGGGAUAUGUGUCGCCCUCCCCGGUUCUGCACCCGAGGGAUUCAAAUUUACAAUGAUCAGUCUAAACUUGACGAAGAUACUGACGAACGAGUUAAACCGUCUCAACAGAAUGGAGGGAAACGCCACGUGGGGGACGACGGAGUCUCCUUUUCUUGAACAGAAGGAGGGGCAACCCUGGAAAAGUAACGGGACGUGGAUCGAACACACGAGGGCUUUGUAUCAGCUCCCAAGCAAUUCAACGUGGGAAGAUUUGUGGAACCAAACUUGUUACCGGUCCUUAACCCCGGAGUCUAGUUCGGAACCAACGAACCCCACCCCUGUUCCCAUUCCGUGCACCAUAGUGCCGUGGUGGGAUUCCCCCUCCGAAAGCGGUUAUUUUGAACACGAAUUCAGCGCGCGCUGGGACGCCGACUGGUGCAUCCACGUCCCUGCCAGCGCAGGGGCAGUGAAGCCGGUUAACGAAACCAGGUACGAGUGGGCUUGGUCUCUGAAACAACUGUUUAACCCCAACCGUCCUCUGUCUGCUGCUUCCGACCUCCCCGACGGGAUGGGGAUCGGGUGGGAGGUGGGCGUCCGGAGCUGCGCCUACAACCAGGUCAGGCUCCCCACCGGGGAGACGCUCUGCUGGAACAGCCGAAAACGCCGGAGCGCUGCCCCGCGCCGCGCCGGCUCCUGGCUGAGCUGUUCCCGAAUACUGAACUGCUCCACCGGAGCGGGUGACCCCUUCGAAACUUGGUAUAUCCCGGAACUGAGGACGUUUAUUCGAGACAUGUGCACUUGCUGGGGUUACCCCAACUACGGCUACCGGAAUGGGGACGAGCGGUGUAACGGCUCCUUCCGAGACCCCAGCGUAGCGCUGUCCUGCGGCAUCCCGGUCACGCACGGCCCGGAUCCGCGGAAGCUCCGGAGCGCGGACGGCAAACAAGAGGAGCUCCCCCGAGACGACCCGUUUGAUUGCUUGCAGGCGCGGUACGCGGCCCCGCGAGGGACGGUCUGGGCGUGCUCCAACGGCAAGUUGUAUUCCCAGUUGAACGUGUACGACAUGGCCGGCCUGCGCUGCUCCAUCGCGCUCCCCUCCACGUGUCCCUCCGGAGCGUUUAAUUUCACAUCUCGCCGCAACAGGAUACAGCGAGAUGUCGGGAGCCCGGCGGACGCCCAGGGAGGGACGGAGGGGACACACACGCCCGAUUCCUACGCAUCGGGACAAACAUUUGCGUUACAAACGGAGGCGUUUUUCGCGCGCCACCUGCGCCGCCUCCACCGCUCCAGAGAAGAACGAGGCCGGCGGCGCCGCGGAGCCGCCUCAAGCGACGCGCCCGGCACAUCGGUUUGACGGGCUCGGCCCCGGCCCCCGGCCGUGCCGAAGCCUCUCGGACUCACGGGGUGGGGGAAAACGCCUUAUAAAUAUCGGUCUUACGAUCUGCUGUGGGUUUUUGGUUUAAGCUGGGCCUUGCAGGGGCUGGAUGUACGCACUCAGACCCUCGAUCUCUUCUCUUUCCUCCCCUCUCUCUCCCCUUUUCUCUCUCAUUAGGCGGACCACGGCUCGUUGUAACCCAGGGGCGAGUUUUGAUGAAGUUCAUGGAUGUCCAGAAGCUUUUGUUGGAAAAUAAACCCUCUGCAGAGGAGGCGGCCUCUCGUGUGGGACGUGCUCUCCCCCAGCCAAGGGAACCAGCGAACACCAGUCGCUCCCUCUCCCGCUGCGGGUCGAGCGGGACGGGACGCCGGGUCCUCUCCCGGGGGUGACAUGGGGCUGGUGUCUGGGGUGGGACUCCCGGGUCCCCUCCCUGAGCCCGCGGGGUGUGGGGGGGAUGAUCGGUGCUGCCCGUGCCACCCUCCGCUCCGGCCAGGCCUCCUCGGCGGGGGCUCGGGCACCACCCUGCUCCUCGCCACCCACCACCUCCCGCCCAGCAGCAUCCCCAGUACGGCCACGCCACGGACAAUCUGCUCGGAGGGGUCCCUGGGGGGGCUGGGACCCUCCCCACGUGCUCUGUGCCUCAGUUUCCC